UCAUUCACAUAUACUUGUUUCUGUCUUCCUCUUUCAUUUUCUUGAAAAAGCUUCAACAAACAAAAAUGGUGGCUGUUUUCUACAAAGACAUGUUGAGCUGGUACUUACUCACUCUCAAGAUCCGCGAAAAACUCGAAACCCAAAACCAAGAAUCCGAACCAAUUAAUCAAGAUCAAAACAUCAUCGGUUUACCCGAAAUCACCAGAUCCGAUCAAGGCCAAAACAAUCAUAACUACGGCCGGACUCAAUCCGAGCUCGGUAAGAUCAGCGUAACCAAAGAGAGUCCAAGAGAUUCACGAGACGAUUGGGUGAUCUCAAUCACAGACAAGCUCGAACAAGCACAUAGAGACGAUGACACGACAACCUGGGGAAAGCUCUGUAUCUACAGAGUUCCAUAUUACCUUCAAGAAAACGACAACAAAUCGUACUUCCCUCAAACCGUCUCGCUUGGUCCGUACCAUCAUGGUAAGAAACGUCUCCGGUCUAUGGACCGUCACAAAUGGCGUGCAGUCAAUAGAGUCUUGAAACGUACGAACCAAGGCAUCAAAAUGUAUAUCGACGCCAUGGGAGAGCUAGAGGAAAAGGCUCGAGCUUGUUACGAAGGUCCCUUAAGUUUAAACAGUAACGAUUUUAUUGAAAUGCUUGUUCUUGAUGGGUGUUUUGUUCUUGAGCUCUUCAGAGGAGCCGUUGAAGGAUUCACCGAACUCGGAUAUGCACGUAACGAUCCAGUUUUUGCUAUGAGAGGAUCGAUGCAUUCAAUUCAACGUGACAUGGUAAUGCUAGAAAACCAACUUCCUUUGUUCGUUCUAAACCGGUUAUUAGAGUUACAGCUUGGAUCGCGGAACCAAACCGGUUUAGUGGCACAAUUAGCAAUUCGGUUCUUUGAUCCACUAAUGCCAACGGAUGAGCCGUUGACCAGAACGGAUCAGUCAAGACUCGAGAACUCGUUGGCAAGAGACAAAGCCUUUGACCCAUUCGCUGACAAGGGCGAGUUGCACUGUUUAGAUGUUUUCCGUCGAAGUCUACUCCGGUCUAGUCCUAAACCGGAGCCGAGGUUAACAAGAAAAAGAUGGUCACGGAACACACGCGUGGCUGACAAGCGUCGUCAACAGCUGAUACAUUGCGUGACGGAGCUAAGGGAAGCCGGUAUAAAAUUCAGGAGAAGAAAAACCGACCGGUUUUGGGAUAUUCAAUUCAAAAACGGUUAUCUAGAGAUACCAAGACUACUUAUCCAUGAUGGUACCAAAUCUCUAUUUCUGAAUCUUAUAGCUUUCGAGCAGUGCCAUAUCGACUCGACCAACGACAUAACAUCCUACAUAAUCUUCAUGGACAAUCUAAUAGAUUCUCACGAAGACGUAAGCUACUUGCACUACUGCGGUAUCAUCGAACAUUGGCUAGGGAGCGAUUCUGAAGUCGCGGAUUUGUUCAACCGGUUAUGUCAAGAAGUUGUAUUCGACACCGGAGAUAGCUAUCUAUCUCGGUUAUCGGUUGAGGUUAACCGUUAUUACGACCAUAAGUGGAAUGCUUGGAGGGCGACUUUGAAACAUAAGUACUUCAAUAAUCCAUGGGCUAUUGUUUCUUUCUGUGCUGCUGUUAUUCUACUAGUCCUCACUUUGUCUCAAAGUUUUUAUGCUGCUUAUGCUUAUUAUAAGCCACCUUCUUAACCGUAUAGCUUGGUUUUGUGUUAUAUGUAAACACUUGGGUUUUCAA